AUGUCGUUGGCACGGCGCAGCUCGCGAGCCUCCAGGGCGACUCGGCGCACAUCCGCAACAUCUGCAUCAUUGCGCACGUUGCCGGCGCGCUGCAGCGUGCUCUUUGCGAGCGCGUACGACGGGUGGGCCUUCGGUAUUGGGUACUUUGCCGCGUACUACGCCAAGAAUUUCGAGAUGCCGCAAGGGUCGUGGCGCCAAGGCCUCUGGGGCGAGUACUAUUACUUGCACGGCAAGACCAAGAAGACCCGGUCGACGCCGUGGAUGUCCAACAACCAGCCCAUGUUUGUGACAUUUGUGCUCGAGCCGCUCAUGGCCAUCUACAAGGCCAUGGAAGAGCCGACCGAGCACAACCCGGACGCGCUCCCGCCAUUGCGCCAGCUCACCAAGAAGGACCGCCGCCUCGCGCUGCAGUGCGUCAUGCGCAAGUGGCUGCCGCUCGCGACGUCCGUGCUCAAAAUGGCGACGCGCAUGCUGCCGUCGCCUGUGACGGCGCAAAAGAGCCGCGCCGAGCACCUCUGCGUCGUCAACCCGGCGUUCCCGGACCAGCUCCCGACCUUGGCCGCGAUUCAAGGUACCUUUAUGAACGCUGUACAUUUGCAAGAUGCUCUCGGUCGAGGCGACCAACCUCUCGGACUAUGCGACGAACGCGACGCUGCGGGCCAUGACAACCGCGGCGCCGAGGCGUAUGUGGCUGUCGCGCGCGUCUUCUCGGGAACGUUCCGUCCGAACGCGCCCACGUAUCCACGCCUCUACAUGGUCAUGGGCAGCGACUUUGUGCGCGUCGAGCACGUGGCUGCCGGCAACAUUGUGGGCAUCCUCGGCCUCCACGAGCACGUGCUCAAGACAGCGACACUCUUGAGCACGCUCGCCUGCCCGUCCCUCGCGCGAAUGCCGUACCAGGCCAAGCCGAUCGUGCGCGUGGCGGUCGAGCCCGCGGACCCGCGCCACUUUGCCGAGCUCGAAGCAUGUCUGCAGCGGCUCUACCGCUCCGACUCGACGGUCGAAGUCCACGUUCUGGAGACAGGCAAGCACGUGCUUGUGGCGCUCGGCGAACUCCACCUCGAGCGCUGCGUCAAGGACCUCACAGAGCGCUUCGCCAAGGUCCCGCUGCACGUCUCGGAGCCGCUCGUGGGCUUUCGCGAGACAAUCGUCGCCAACGAGACGGGGGCACGGCCUUGUACGCUUCUCGACCUCAAGCUGGCCGAAAUGACGACCAGCACGACGCCGGACGGUAAGCACAAGACGCUCGUGUGUCCGACGCCGGACGGCCAAGUCGCCGUGCACUUGCGUGCCGUGCCGCUGCCAUCGACAGACCUUGACGUGCUCGAGGCCCACGCCGAGGGCUGGAAGCGCUUCCACAGCAACGACGACGAUGCGGACGUCGCCACGUACGCUGCGGACGGAGCUCCAAGCUGUCCUCGCAAAAAAACCUGCGGUGACGCCUUUUGGACGACGAUGGACCUCGACCUUCUCCGGAGUUGCGGUCCUCGCCGGGUCGGUCCGAACCUCUUGAUCAACAACGUGCCCAACUGGAUGGCGCCCUCGACCAUUUGGGUGUUGAACCGCGGGCUCGUGACGGACGAGCGCAUGAAGCUCGAGUCUUUGCUCGUCUCGGGCUUCCAGCUCGCGACGGCGGCCGGUCCGCUCUGCGAUGAGCCCGCGUGGAUGGUCGCGUUCAUUGUCGACGACAUUGUGCUUACGCCGGUCGACGACGGGGCCGAGGCCGCCUACGGUCCGUUGAGCGGCCUCGUGAUCUCGGGCAUGAAGUCGAGGUGCCGCAGCGCGUUUGUGCACGCGCCUGUCCGCCUCGUCAAGGCCAUGUACAAGUGCACGGUGCAGUGCCAAUCGGAGCAGCUCGGCAAGCUCUACAGUGUGUUUGCCAAGCGCCAGGCGUGUGUCGUCGGCGAAGAGCUCUCGGACGGCAGCGCGCUCUACAGCGUCGAGCUUUGGCUUUGCGACCGAGCUACCACGAGCGGGAACGCGAGCAACCCGCAGCUGCUCUUUGACCACUGGGCCGUCAUGCCCGACGACCCGUUCUUCCAGCCGACGAAGGACGAGGAGCGCGAAGACUUUGGCGAGGCGAUCGCCGAGCACAACGCCGUCUGGAAGCUCCUCGAGGGCGUCCGGCAGCGCAAGGGUCUCUCGCGGGAAGAGAAGAUUGUCGCCAAACAAAAUUCAACGAUCGAGAUCUUGGGCGCGCCAGACAAGAUCAAGGGCGCGCGGCUCGCCCGCGGCAAGGCAUAUGCCCGGCCACCUCACGCACGUGCUCGAGGACUUUAGGAGGAGUUCCGAGUAAAAAUAUGGGACGGAUGGGAGACGGGCACAUUUUACUCGGAACGAUAUUUGCAAAAUACGACGAAAAACCAUCUGCGC